AUGGAGUCGAAAGCUGACCGCCAGAGGAACAAUGUCUGGAGUAACAAGUACUUUGCAAUUUCAAUUGGAGCCAUGAUGGUUAUCUUCAUCGUCCAUCACUGGCUAAGAGUUCUGCAUUUCAAGUAUGGCUCCAAGAAGCCAGGCAAUUUGAUACAGUGCUUAACUCACAUACAUCGAACUACGAGGAACAGUCUCGACAGCACCAUACUCGGCCUCCAUGUUGGUCGAUGGUUACUUUAUGCUGUUUACUGGGCAAUCAACCUGAUCCUGAUCCUGACGAAAGUGGACUUGGGCAAUCUUAACUAUGUCGGGAAAUGUCUUGGCUGGUAUUCACCGUCUCGAGUCGUUUCAACUCUCCAAGCUAAUAUCUACCAGGAAGUCGCUAACUUUGCCGGUGCCAUUGCGGGACUAGCCAUGCUCAUGCAAAAUAGCCCCUGCAAACCCGGAUCUUAUUCCUUUCUGUGGAUCCCCUCCGUGCGUCUUUUUGAAAUUCAUCCAUUUACGAUGGUUUCUACGGACCCGACUGAAUUCUUGAUUCGUGUUUAUGAUGGCUUUGCCCGUGAGCUCUAUGGUCUUGCUUGGAAAGAGCCGGAACGAGCACUUCGAUGCUCUAUUGAUGGUGGAUACGGGCAGGUGCCUAAUUUCAUUGCCUUUGAUAGAAUUAUUCUGCUCGCGGGCGGCAGCGGAGCCAGCUUUACAUUUGCUAUUGCACUCAGUGUACUUCAGCAGGCUGCUGCUGCUAAUACCUCAAAGACCAUCGACUUUAUCUGGGCCGUCAAACAUCAGGAAGCAUUGAACUGGUUUGAGAUAGAGCUCACGCAACUUCGAGAGAGCUCCAACAUCAACGUAUUCAUCUAUGUUACGAGGGAGGGAAUUUCGUCCGGCGACGCCACACCCCAAAUGAUGCUCCAAAUGAGCCCCCAUCAGCCGCAGUGGCCAUUUCCGAUCCUGAAAAGAGUCUUUCAAAGACAUCAGCGCCUAGGCUAA